AGUGAUUAGAGAAAAUGACACAAAUCAGCUGGCUGACUGGCUGAGCAGGUGGUGCACUGGUGGGUGUGUUCAAACUAUUUAUCUGGGGGCGAGUUGAGGGACUUCUGGCUGAUUUUUGGCAUGGCACACAUGGGGGUCCUCUCAGGGGCGGGACUCAGCCUGCCAGUGGAGGUGCUGGAGGUGGUGUUGUCGCAGCUCCCUUACAACUUUCUCAUCACCACCUGUACCAGCGUGUGCCGCCUGUGGUAUGAGGUGAUACGAAACCCAGCGUUCCUGCCUUGGAAGAAACUGUAUCAUCACUACAAGUUGGCACCCUCCAGCCCCAUCUCAUCACUACUGUUGUGUAAGGGUGGUGAUGACGGUGAUGAUGAUGAUGGUGAUGGUGAUGAUGAUGAUGGUGAUGGUGAUGAUGAUGAUGGUGACGGUGGUGGUGGUGGCGGUGGUGUCUUAAAAGCAAAACAAGUGGUAAAGCGUCUUUGUAACCGCUAUGACAUCACCUCGACCUCAAAUUGCCUCGUUAGUAUUAUAAGGAUGGUGGGGAGGAGGCACAGCGCACCCCAUGGCACCUCCCCAACACUGCUGCAGGGCCACCGCCUUUACCCGCUGGCCCAGGACACCCUCGCACAACUCAGCCCAUCCCUCCUGCCGCAGCCCCACACACUCUGGCACCUGGCUGCUACCAUUGCUCUAUUGUCGCAUGAUGUGUGGGACGUCCAUGCUCUGAUCCGCCUGCUGCUGCGUCCCGGCUCACUCUUCUCGCCCUGUGUGGUGGUGGAAGCCUUCUACUCCAUCGCGGUCUUCCUCUUCCACACCACCACCUCCAGCCACAUCUGUCUACCCAUGCGGUACCACUACCAGGUGUUCUAUGCCUUGUACCUGUAUGAGAACGACUGGGGAGGCUUGCUGGAGGAGGGGCAGGUGGUGAGGCAGGAGCAGCAUGCUGGCCAGCAGUCCAUGGAGCGAUAUGUUCAGCGCAAGAUGGCCAUACAGUACACACACGAGCAGCUGCGCAUUAUUAACCACCCCCUCCAGAGUGAUCAUAUUGUCAAGAUUGUAGCCUUCGCCGGCACAGGCAAGACCACCACACUGCUGGAGCUCUGCAAGAAGAGGCCAGAUUUGAACUUCCUGCUGGUGGUGUUCAACAAGUCAGUGCAGGAGUAUUGCAGCCUAUCCUUCCCUAAGAACACCACAGUGAAGACCGCACACUCCAUGGCAUACGGUUUUGUCGGGAGGAAAUAUCAAGCCGUCAAAAACUUUUUGCCAGAUUUGAGAGCAGGAAGCCUUUCAGAUUUUCUACCAAAGAGAGAGGGUGCAGGAAACAGGUUACGUCGUGUGGCUCUGGUGAAGAAGGCACUCCAGAGGUUCUUCAACUCUAGUGACGAACGCUUAACACUUCAACACACACCGACAGUCGACAAACAUGGAGAACAGAUUGAAGAUGACUUUCGACUCCAGGUGAUUCUUGCUGAUGCUGAGGCAGUUUGGGCGGAGAUGACCAAGUGUUCAAGGCACCAGCAAAUCAGUAUGACUCAGGAUGGGCAGCUCAAGGUGUGGCAGCUGAGCCGGCCCAGACUAUUGCAGUAUGAUGUAGUGAUGAUUGACGAGGGUCAGGACAUGAGCCCCUCCAUGCUGGACAUCUUCCUGUGCCAGGCUUGUGCUAAGGUGAUAGUAGGUGACCCGCACCAGCAGAUCUACUCCUUCCGUGGCGCCGUAAACGCUCUCGAGUCUGUUGAGUCAACGCACACCUUCUAUCUCACCCAGUCUUUCCGGUUUGGGCCUGAGGUGUCCUACGUGGCUCAGUGUGUGCUGGACCUUAACAAUGCUACACAGAGGCAGACCCUGGUUGGAGGAAACAAAAGGGACACUCUUGUAGCCUCCAUGAACACUUCAGAAGCCUUGAGACCCAGCAGCAGCAGACGCACGGCCUUCCUGGGACGCUCUAACCUUGAGGUGUACCAGCAGGCUCUGAAGAUGUGCCAGCAGGACGCCUUUGCCAGCAUGACCAUGGCGUUUGUUGGUGGACUGCAGAAGUACGGCUUGGACACAGUCAUGGACAUCUAUAAGCUUUCCCAAGUGGAGGUCAGUCGGGGUACAGCAGGGAGUCUGCACAUCAAGAACAAGCUAGUGGCAAAAUUUCAGAGUGUCCGUACACUGAAAAACUACGCUGACACUCUGGACGACCAUGAACUGUACAAUAAGAUCCUGAUGUAUGAGUACAGUCGCUCCAGCACGCCCCACCACAUACAGCUGCUGGAGAAGAGGUGUUCCUCCUUGCACAAUGUGGCAGACAUCACCUUCUCCACCAUCCACAAAGCCAAGGGUCUGGAGUGGGACCAUGUGGUGCUGCUUGGCGGACCACUUCUCACUGAUUUCCUGUCUACCAUCAAUGAUAGGAGACAGUGUGCAACGCUGAGAGAUGAGAUAAAUUUGUUGUAUGUGUCUGUCACCCGCGCCAAAAGGUUCCUGACAGUGAACAGUGUGAUGCUGCAGGUGCUGAGGCUGUGCAGGGAGAAGAGGGAGGUGCUGGUGGCUGGCAGUGAGGUUGGAGAGGGCAGACAGUGUGUUUAUUGUGCUGGAGCUGUGGAUGGGAAGCAGCCUGUUGUUACCAAGAUGAUGGAUCUUUGUGUGACUGGAAGUGGAUUUCUGCAAGGUGGAUAUCUGUGCCACACCUGCUCCUCAAAUCCCAGACGCUACACUUCCGCCAGCAGUACAACAUUGGUCAAGGUUUUGCAUCCACACGACAACAUGGACAUCUCCAGCAGUGCCAGGCUAAUGCUGUUAUCAGGACAGCCCUAGGGGACUCCACAGCAACCCAGCAGGGAAAGGGGACCUGCUGCUGCCUUGUAUAUGUGUGUGCCUUAGACCAAAAUGUAAAGGAAGAUGCAAGGAGUCGUCAAGCCUGUCUGUGGCUGCGUACCUGCUAAUUAUAUAUAUAUAUAUAUAUGAUUCCCACCUCUCAUCCUCAUCCAUCAGUCUUUACUCUUAUUUCAAUUUAUUCUUAAUGACUCAAGACUCAUAACCUGAUCACUGAGUCUUCAAGGAAAGCAGGAGGGAGGAAGGGAAGGCUAGAAAUAAGUAAACAGUAAGAGGUUGGAAAGAGAGAGAGAGAGAGAGAGAGAGAGAGAGAGAGAGAGAGAGAGAGAGAGAGAGAGAGAGAGAGAGAGAGAGAUGGAUGUUAGGUAAAUUUGCUCAAGGAGCAAUGCAUACCAAAGAAUGAUAAAAUUGACUUAAGGUAAUUGUGCCUUUGUACUGUACUUACUCCAUGGGGCUUUCAUUCAUAUGUUACUUAGUGAGGUGAGGAAGUUGGUGAUUUAGUAAUAGUGGGUGUAAAUGAAAGAAGUGAAGUAGCAUAGGGAGGGAAAUGUGGAGGAAAGAGAGAGCAGUGGAAGAAAAAGGACAAUGAAAACACUCCAUAGAUUUUGUGAUUUUUUGUCAAGAGAGAGAGAUUAUUUUGGUGAGAUUUUGUGAUUAUUUUUCCAGUGUGUGUGUGAGACUCAUAACAUUUAAAAACCUACUAGAUUUUAUGAUUGCUUUGUU